AUACAUCGGUUUUAGUAUAAAAACAAAAUGGCAGCCCCCGCGGAAGUUGAAGGCGCGAAAUCCAAGCGCUCUAAAAACGAUGAUUUUCUCGACCAGGACUCCGAACAAUCAGCUAAAAAACAAAAGAUAGAUACAACCGGAAGUGGGGAUGGUGUGUCUAAAACGCUGGGGAGUUUCGAGGGUUUCGAAAUAUCAAAAAUCCUCUCCCAAAAUGCCAAAAAUAAAUCAGCGAUUCUCUGUGGGAAGUUUCAAGGAAGCACCGACAGUGCGGUUGUGUUAUUGGAGAAAACACCGUUUCCCGAGCCGGCCCUUCCUUCGCUUUUAUCUGCCGAUUUAACAUUGAACCUGAACCUGCAGAACGAUAUUUACAGUGUGUAUGAUGGACUUCCAAAGCAGGAACUGGGUUUCAAUGGAAUAAAAACAACAGUCAUAUACCCAGCAACCGAUCGUCACAUAGAGAAGUACACUGAUCAGGAUAUCACCUUAUUGGAAGAAACUUGGGAGGACUACUGCAACGUCACACUGCCAUAUCUUGAGCAGCAGGUCUUCAAAAUUCAGUGGGUGUACAAUAUUCUGGAGAAGAAAGCUGAGGAGGUUGAACGUAUCGUCUUUGAGGAUCCUGACCCCCAGGAUGGCUUUGUCUUGCUCCCUGACAUGAAGUGGGACCGGAAACAGAUGCAGAACCUUUACUUGGUCGCUAUCUGCCACAGGAGGGGCAUCAAAAGCCUGCGAGACCUCAACGAUACUCAUCUGCCAUUGCUGAGGAACAUCAGAGACAAGUGCCAGGAAGCAGUUCUGGAGAAGUACUCCAUACGGCCGGACCAACUGAGAAUGUACCUCCACUACCAGCCCUCGUACUACCACCUCCAUGUCCAUGUGACUCAUCUGAAGUUCGACGCACCGGGGUCAGGGGUCACCAAGGCCCACCUCCUGUCUGACGUCAUCCAGAAUAUAGAACUCAUUCCUGAUUACUAUCAGAGGAAGACCCUGAGCUUUGUUAUUAGGGAGAAAGACGGACUUCUGGCGAGGUUCAGGGAAGUGAGAGGAGAAAAGAAAUAGGACUUUCUUGCCAAGUUCUUGUACCCAUGAGUUGCACUUUGAGUGCCGUGUGUUUUGUCUGACUCAAGUAAAUCCUAAGACACAUAUCAAGUCUGAGAUGCAAGUCACACAACUGACAUGAGCCUUAAGAGACAUUCAAAAGAAGACUCUUCAGGCAGUUGCCAGUAAAUUUGAAAAAAACAUACCACUCUUUUUGUGGGAUUUGCAUUUGUCAUCCAUAGGCUGACAUUUCUUCCCGUUUAGUGUACUUUCUGAUCACUGAAAUGAGCCAAAAAUUUUCCAGCAUUUUUAAUAAGUGGAGUGCUAUCCAUGCAUUGGGCAUGUAGAAAAUUAAGUUAUAAGUUUGAUAUAAAACAAUUGUUUUUGCCGUACCUGUAUACAUGUAUUCUGGACAAAGCCAUAGACAGGGUUUAAAGACAGAUUGGGAGGGUUGGGAAAAAAGUCUGGCUGGCCUACUCUCAAGCGCCUUCAUGAGCUUCAAUAUUUGAAUAUUUAUUUAUAUCCCCAAAUUAGGCCUCUUCGUGUGGCAUUUUGCUAUGUUUUGGUUGCUGGGGCCAAGUAAAAAAUAAACCAGUUUCGUUCUCAUCCCCGCCCGCUUCCUUUUUUCUAGCUGCCUCUUUUUUUUGGUUAAAUUAUACAUUUGCAAUAAAUGUUGCACAUUAUAGUGUCAAUACAUUGUCUUUUUAUUUUUUUUCCCAACAAAAUUGUAAGCAAUGUAGAAAAAGUUAAUGACAGAAUUUUGUGUCAACAAAAUAUUUGAGAAAAGUGAAGAAUCCAUUCUUGAAAAAUCAGCCAUCAUGGGGACAAAAGAAACGCCCUGCCUCCUUCAUUAUUUUCAAAAAGGCGGGACAUGAAACUACUUUUUUCUGCCUUAUAAGGAGAUCAGGAGUGUAAUAAAAAUAUAUAAACUUUUAAAAUAUCGUCCGAACACUAAUUUUAAAAUAGUAUAUACAUUUAGCAAAAGCAGUAUUAAUGAGUCUAUUGGAAAUAGACUGAUUUAAUGAUUUGAAAUAAACUAUACUUAUUGCUUUUUAAU